GGGGACCAUGAGAACCAGAACAAAGCUCAGAGGUCCCACCAGAGACAAGGAUGUUCUGGACCUGGACCCAGCUGUGUGUCCUUCAAGAGCAACUGGUCAAAAAUUGGUGCUAUCGUUAAUUUUAAAGACCAACCUGUAUCAGAGUCGCAGUGAGUUUUUGUCACUUUGAACAUUCUGAACAAUCAGAGCUGACGUCCAACUAUGAAUGAAUGUGGGAGCUGCCCAGUUCAACCAGUAUAAUCCCAGCAGACUCCUUGUUCCAAUACUUCAGCCUUGUUCAGUGGGGGACACAGAGAUAUAUGUUGUUGUUGAGCUGAGACUGAAGCAACUGACUGACAGUAAACCUUCACGACAACAGGAAGUCUUUGACUCACUGCUCACGUCCAACAUCACUUCAUGAACCUUUACCUUGUCACGUCUUGACUUAUUGUCCGCUUUUAUUUUGAAAAGACUUCCUGCUAAACGUCAUAUCAUCAGCUGUUCCCCGUCAGUAUCGGUUCUCAUUAUCCACACCUGCACUUCAUCUGCAAUCAGUCCACCCUGUAUUUAAGCUCCACCUCUCACCCCUGUAAAUUGCCAGAUUGUUUAGUUCGUGUCACCUCUUUCCAGUGUUCAUUGAUCUAGUCCCGUCGUGUACUGUGUAUCUUGUUUUUGACCUCCGAUUCUGAGCCUGCCUAGUCCCUGCCUGCCUUGUCUGCCCUGGUUUCCUGAUCCUGUCUGUUACCGACCUUGUCUGCCUGCCUGACCACGACUCUAUGCCUGACGGAUUGGUAUUGUAAAUCAGUCUCUCGUGUACGAACCUUGCCUGUCCCUGACGCCGAUUCUGCCUGCUCCUGUAUAUGCUGUAUGGACUGUCCGUGUAUGACCCUGCCUGAUAUCGACACUGAGUUGGAAUAAAUUCCUAUUGCUAUUCAUAUCCCAGCCUGUCCGUGCCUGUGCAUAGUCGACCAGCAGAGCUCAGAGGUUCCCAGUGGUCAGUCUGCCCAUCAGCACCAAACACACCUGGACUCCAUAUUUAUGCUGUUGGAGGAAAACAUUGUCACAUUUGUGAAGAAGGAACUGAAGAAGAUGCAAAAGGUUCUGAGUCCUGAUUAUCCAGAAUGCUUAGUGAGCCAGAGGGAGGAUGAGGAGGAGUUGGAUGGUGAGGACGAAGACCAGAGGAAAAGCAGCAGAGACGCAUUUCUGAAGAUCACAGUGAACUUCCUGAGGAGGAUGAAGCAGGAGGAGCUGGUUGAUUGCCUGCAGAAUGUGAUAGUUCCAGUUCCAAAGCCACGGCCCAUUACAUAUUACCAGCAGAUGCUUCAGUCAAACCUCCAAGACGAGUUUCUGUGUGUGAAACCAGGCUGGUCAGAAGAUGACCAACGUCUUGACGACCUCUACACAGAGCUGUACAUCACAGCUGGGCCGGAUUCACACAUCAACACACAGCAUGAGGUCCAACAGAUUGAGAUAACACAGCAGAGGCAAAGAUUAGCAGAGGAGCCAGUGAAGCCCAGUGACCUGUUCAAACAUCCCCCCCGUAAAUACAGACGCAUCAGAACAGUGUUGACCAAUGGAAUCGCUGGGAUUGGAAAAACAGUCCUUGUUAACAAGUUUGUGUUGGACUGGACCCAACAAAGGUCCAAUCAGGACGUGCAUCUGAUUUUCCCCUUCACCUUCCGUCAGCUGAAUCUACUAAAGGGACAGAAGUUUAGUUUGUCAGAGCUCAUUCAUGAAUGUAUCCCAGAAACUGAGUCCAUUAGCCUGGAGGCUCUGAAUUACAUCUUUACACAUCUACAGUCAUCAGGAAACAGCAACUAUGACAAGAGCAGGUUCAAACUUUUGUUUGUGUUUGAUGGACUGGACGAGAGUCGCCUCCAACUGGACUGUAGCACCAGUAAAAAGGAGACGGGUCAACGUAAUGUCACAGAGUCCACCUCAGUGGACGAGAUGCUGACAAACCUUAUCAGAGGAAGACUAUUACGCUCUGCUCGCAUCUGGAUCACCACACGACCUGCAGCAGCCAAUCAGAUUCAUCGAGACUUUGUUGACAUGGUGACAGAGGUCAGAGGGUUCACUGACCCACAGAAGGAGGAGUACUUCAGGAAGAGAUUCACAGAUGAGGAGCAGAGCAACAGAAUCAUGUCCCACAUCAAGUCAUCACAAAGUCUCCACAUCAUGUGCCACAUCCCAGUCUUCUGCUGGAUCACUGCUACGAUUCUGGAGGAGCUGCUGGAAACCAGAGAGGGAGGAGACCUGCCCAAGACCCUGACAGAGAUGUACGCAGAGUUCCUGGGUUUUCAGAUGGAUCAGACUAAAGACAAGUACGGACCAGAAGAGAGCAGUAACUACAUCAAGUCAUUAGCUAAACUGGCUUUUAAGCAGCUGCUAAAGGGAAACUUGAUCUUCUAUGAGGGAGAUCUGAAAGAGAGUGGCAUUGAUGUCAGUGGAGCCUCAGUGUCUUCAGGAGUGUUCACUGAGAUCUUUAAACAGGAGCGAGGGAGGAAAGCCAAGAACAAGAUGUUCAGCUUUAUUCAUUUGAGUGUUCAGGAGUUUCUGGCUGCUGUUCACAUGAUGCUUUGUUACACCAACGGGAAGAUGGAUGAACUGAAGGAGUUUCUCAAUAAUGUUCUCCAGUCCUACAUUAUCCCAAAGAUAGACGACCUCUUGUACAAAACCAUUGCUAAGUCCCUUCACAGUCAAAGUGGCCACCUGGACCUGUUUGUUCGCUUCCUUCAUGGCCUCUGUCUGAAGUCCAAUCAGAGAACCUUAGGAGGUUUGCUUGGUCACACAGAGAAUAGUCCAGAAACCAUCCAGAGAAUCAUCAACAACCUAAAGGAGUUGAAUAGUGAUAGAAUCUCUCCAGACAGAGGCAUCAACAUCUUCCACUGUCUGAUGGAGAUGAACGACCAUUCAGUCUAUCAGCAGAUCCAAGAAUUCCUGAAGUCGGAGAACAGAUCAAUUAAGAAACUCUCCUUGAUCCAGUGCUCAGCUCUGACCUACAUGCUGCAGAUGUCAGAAGAGGUUCAGGAGAAGUUUGACCUGAACAAGUACAACACAUCAAUAGAGGGACGACUGAGACUGAUCCCAGCUGUGAGGAGCUGUAGAAAGUUUAAACUUUCUGGCUGUGGACUCACAAAGACUCACUGUGAAGUUGUAGCCUCGGCUCUGAAGUCCAACCCAUCACAUUUGACACACCUGGACCUAAGUAUCAACAGCCUGUGGGACUCAGUGAAGGUUCUGUGUGCUGGACUGGAGAGUCCUCACUGUCGACUGGAGACUCUGAGAUUGAGUGGCUGCAGUUUGACAGAGAUCAGCUGUGAUUCUCUGGGCUCAUCUCUGAAGUCCAACCCGUCACAUCUGACACUACUGGACCUGAGCUACAACAAGCUGCACGAUUCAGGAGUGAAGCAGCUGUGUGGUUUUCUGGAGAGUCGUCACUGUCGACUGAAGACUCUGAGGCUCCAUCAUGUUGAUUCAAGCGGUGGAGCUGCAGUGUUGAAGAGAUUAAGGAACUGCAGUUUGUCAAAGAUCAGCUGUGAUUAUCUGGCCUCUCUAAAGUCCACCUUGACAAGAUUGGCAGAACUGGACCUGAGUGAUAACGAGCUGAGGGAUUCAGGAGUGAAGCAGCUGUGUGGUUUUCUGGAGAGUCAUCAUUGUCGACUGGAGACUCUGAGACUGAGUGCGUGUGACCUGUCAGAGAGAAGCUGUGACGCUCUGUCAUCAGUUCUCAGCCCUCAGUCAUCUAGUGUGAGAGAACUGGACCUGAGUAACAACAACUUGCAGGAUUCAGGAGGAAAGUUACUGUCCGCUGGACUAAAAAGUCCUCACUGUCGACUGGAGACUCUCAGGCUGUCAGGCUGUCUGCUCUCGGAGGAAGCUUGUGUCUCUCUGGCCUCAGCUCUGAGCUCCAACCCCUCCCAUCUGAGAGAGUUGGACCUGAGCUACAAUCAUCCAGGAGACUUAGGAGUGAAGCUGCUGUCUGCUGGAGUCACGGAUCCACACUGGAAACUGGACACUCUCAGGGUGGAGCCUGGUGGAGUUCGAUGGUUGACACCAGGUCUGAUCAAAUAUUUCUGUCAACUCACCAUCGACACCAACACAGUGAACAGGAAACUACAGCUAUCUGACAACAACAGGAAGGUGACAUGUGUGGAGGAGGAUCAGUCAUAUCCUGAUCAUCCAGACAGAUUUGACCGGUGUUCUCAGCUGCUGUGUAGUAAUUGUCUGACUGGUCGCUGUUACUGGGAGGUUGAGUGGAGAGGAGGAGUUUAUAUAUCAGUGAGUUACAGAGGAAUCAGAAGGAAAGGAGGCAGUAAAAGGUUUGGAUUCAACGAUCAGUCCUGGAGUCUGUUCUGCUCUGAUGAUGGUUACUCUGUCUGGCACAAUAACAUAGUAACAUCCGUCUCCUCCUCUGUGUCUGACAGAGUAUCAGUGUUUGUGGACUUUCCUGCUGGUUCUCUGACCUUCUACAGAGUCUCCUCUAAUAAAUUGAUCCACCUUCACACGUUCAACAGCACAUUCACUGAACCUCUUUAUCCUGGAUUCUGGUUCUGGUCUGGUUCCUCAGUGUCUCUGUGUGACGUGUCAUCAUAACAGAGUUUGAUCCUGUCAGAGAAACUUUGUCACUGUUGAACAUAGUUCAGUCUGUUUAUGUCUGUCUCAUUCUCAGAUAUAUGAUUAAACCAUUUUCUUUCUAAACCCGUUCUAAAUGGUUCCUUGUGAACUUCUACCUCUUCAUCCUUUAAAGAUGGAAGUGCUGAUUAUUCCAGGAUCAGAUGUUGAGAAUUUUUUAUGAAGUUGUUUUCCAGUGAAUAUCAGGAUGUUUGGGUUUAACAUGUGAAAAACUGACAUUAGAGAAGAAUCACUGAGCUGAAUUAGUGAGAAACUUCCAGAUGUUCACAGAUGAUUUUGAACAAAAACUGUUGAUUGAAUGUUUCUGAUCAUUUUCUGUCCCUCUAGUAGAAAAGAGCAGCUCAGCGUCACAUUAAAGUGCUUUAUUUGCCUUUAACAAUAAAUGAUCACAUGGUAUAAUCACAAUAUAGAAAUGUCCAUCACUUUGAACUAUGAUUAUAUUACAACAAUCAUCAUGAUGUAACAUGAGCCAUAAUAGAUUCAGUGUCACAUGAUAAACGUCCACAUUCUGUAUAUACUAAAAUAAUAAUGUAUGUAUAAUAAUGUAUAUAAUAAAUAUUGCUCUUUCUCGUCAUCCUG